AUGGAACUCAACAGAGAACAUUUUCGCGCCAUAAUUUAUUACAACUUUCAGAGACACCUAUCGCAACAAGAAUACCUUGCUGUGUUACUGUCUGUUUUCGGCAACGAAGCGCCACAUCAGUCGACAAUUUCCCGUUGGUAUGGAGAAUUCAAACGUGGACGGGUGCGUCUUAGCGACGAUCCCAGGGUGGGAAAACUCAUCAUUGAAGAUAGACAUGUGACAUAUUGCGAGAUUGAGGCGUCCUUGAAGAUCUCAAAGACCUCAGUUCAAAAAAUUUUACAUGAAGAAUUAGGACUAAGAAAAUUAGUUUCUCGUUGGAUACCUGACCUCAUUUUUAAUGGUGAUGAAUCGUGGAUUUACUGUUAUGAACCAGAAAAUAAACGACAGUCGGCUGUUUGGCCAACAAAAGUCAUCCGUUCUCGAAGUGUUUCGAAAAAGAUGGUCACGACAUUUGUGUCAAAAGCAGGUCAUAUUGUAACAAUUCCUCUUAAUGAGCAAAGAACUGUUAUUGCGGAUUGGUAUACCACCAUUUGUUUGCCAAAAGUCAUCACCGAGCUUCGAAAAAUCAACCCCGAAAGAAGAAUCAUCCUCCACCAAGACAAUGCAAGCUCGCACAUAGCCCAACAAACAAGACAGUAUUUAACGGAAGAAAAGCCAGAUCUAAGUCCUAACGAUUUCUUUACUUUCUCGAAAAUUAAAAACAGACUGCAUGAAGAAGCAUGGAAUAAGUGCUUCGAAAAUUGGCUCGAGCGCAUGCAGAUACCUUGGAAUCCAGAUCCACUGGACGGAUUUUGA